UCGGGCGCCAUUCGCCGCGCGAUACCACGCGCAUGCGUACGCGAGUGACAGUUAACUUCAAAAUGACCGCCAAAAUUUACGUACUAUGUCUGGUGCUCGCGACAGGGCUGGCGGCAAGGCCGCGGCCUCGUCUGCAGCAGCCGAUCGACGCAUACGACUACGAACAAGAAGCCCAGGACCGGAGUGAUCAAAGGGUGGUCCUCGUAUCACCAGAGCAGUACGACUCGCUGUACCCAGCGCAGGACCGCAUCGACGAGGAGUACGAGCCGCGCGCGCACCGCCCGCAGCCGCGCCUGAAGCAGCCGCAACAGGACGCGCCCAAGCAGCCGCCUGUGCAAACUAUCAGGAACUAUAAUAAGGUAAACGACGACGGCAGCUUCACGUUCGGCUACGAAGCCGCUGACGGUUCCUUCAAGGAAGAAACCAGAGGCACCGACUGUGUAGUCCGGGGCAAAUACGGGUACGUCGACCCCGACGGCAACAAAAGAGAAUUCACCUAUGUAUCUGGCAACCCCUGCGACCCCAACAAACCGAAUGAGGACGAAGAAUCGGAACAACACGGACCAGAAUCAGCUGAACGAGAUGACGGUGAACCGAACUACCCGACCCGACCGGCUCUCCGACCGACCACCUCCCGACCGGCCACUACUUACUUCCAAAACGACUUCAGAGACGCAGAUGAAGAACCAGAAGAAGAACCUCUGCAGCACAUCAGACAGCGUGUGGUACAACGCCCGCAACCAGCCCGACCAAUUCUACGACCUUCCUACCCAUCUCAACAGAUCGCGAUCACCCCCCGACCUGUGCCAAUCCCCACUACCGCUAGAGCUCUUCCUCCAGCGACCACCUUCAGGCCACAGCUUGUGCAAGUGACCCCCAAACCCCAGAUCCAAUACAGUCCCGAACCGAACUACUCCCCCUCCCCCGCCCCUAUCCCAGCUAGACCUAGCCAGAUUGAUUUUGCGGCUGAAUUCGCGAAAUUCCACAGAGAAAACCAAGUUCAGUCAACAACUCCCGCCGAUUUGGCUCCAACCAGGUCUUCUGCUGCCAGUCCUUCUCCAAGUGGCAAUCCUUUAUACUCCUCUGAGCUAGUCUUCGAUCCGUCAAGCGGACAAUAUAACACUCAGCUCUUCCAGAGCUUACCGCAAACUAAAGGAGAGUUAAACUUGAACCAGAGAUUACAGCCUUAUGUUGCACAGCAGCAAUCCAGGCCAUUUAUUCCGUCCCCACAAAUCCCAAGCGGUCAAAGCCCGUACAGACAAGUUCAAGCGAGUCCGCAAGAAGCGUAUCAAAGGCAGCAAGCUGAAUCUCAGUAUCAGAACUCAGCACAGCUGUUCGCUCAGCAACAACAGUUGCAACAGAGCCAAUUGCAAAGGGAUCGGGCUGCUGCGAGAGCCCAGGCCCAAAGACUAUCGAUACAACCAGCACAAUCUCAAAGGGCACAAUCUCCCCAAUAUUACUAUGUACCAAGAGGAGGAGAAUCAGUAUCCACGGGGCAAAUAGACGCCUUCCUCAGGGGUCAUGGCAUCCAAAUAUAGACUAGCGAAUACCCCGACACCGUCCGGCCAUAAUCAAUACAAGUGCGGUGUGUUGGACUGUACAUAAUAUGUCAAUUAGUGAUAAGUGCACCCGUAACAUCUGGGCAGUGUAAAUUUAAAUGUAGCGAUUUUUGUAAUUUUUUUGUUUUAUAAUAAAUUAUACUUUUAUAAUAAAUAA